CCGACGUUGAUUCGCUUAAAAACCAACAGCAACAGUCGUGAACUAAGGAAGUCCCCGAUGUCUCUGAUAAAGGCAGUGGGUGACUACGUGAAGGUGUGUCGAGAACACAAUCUGUUUGUGACAAGACGGCCCCGAGUACAAAUCAAACAACUUCUGCCAUCGGCCAGCGCAGUACGAAGAGACGUACAGGCGUCGAAGAAAGAAGCACAUGGUCAUGAAGAUCCAGAGCUUUGGAGACUUGUGAGUAAAGGCUCACAGUUUCAGCAAAAUAUAGUCAGGGAAUCUUUGAAACCCCUUGGAUUCCCAGUGCUUCGUCGAAGCCAGGAAAGACGUCAGAGAGAUCACACACUGGAUCAUGUCCAAUACACUGAUGGGGAAUCUACAGGCAAAGGGGAGUUCGAAAGGGGAAUUAUACACACUCUAGAUGGACAAGCUGUGGCACAGAUCAUCUCGACCCUUGUGGAAAUCACCCCGAGGGGAAAUACACCAGACGAUGUAUCUCCUCUAUCGACAAGAGAUGCACAUCUGAUCUUUAAAGCACCCAAGCAUGUCUACACAGAGAUUCCACCUAUACCCAAUUUCUCUGAGUAUCCGGAACAGUUUGAAGAUUACAUCUAUAGAAUCACACACUCCACUUUCCACCAUAAACAGUCUUCCAAAUUCAACGGGAUUAUACCCAAGAUGCUGAGAAAUAUGUUCCACCCGUUGAAUUCGAAUACGUUGAACAUACGUACUGCAGAUUCGUUCAAUUACGUUAUACAUUACUUUGUAAAGAAGUGGGACAUCGCAACUUGUCGUGAGCUCAUAGUCCAGAUGAAAGCUGAACAUAAGACGCCGACCACUACGACGUAUAACAUCAUGCUGAAUGCAUUGAAGACUUUACAGAACAUUAUUCAUAAGAGCGAUCCAUACAAGAUUGCUCUCAAGCACCUAACGCAGAUGAAACGAUACAACUUGAAAGCAGAUGUUGUCACGUGGAAUAUCGUCUUUAACAUACUGAGAGACGAUCCCAGUAAAGAGAUCUUGGUACAAAAGAGGAAGGAGCUGAAAGUUCCCAUUGAUGACUACUUUACAUAUAGCUUGAUGAAGCAUUUCAGUAAAAGAGAUGGCAUAACUGGUAAGAAACUCCUUGAGGUAAUGAGAGAACUUGGGUUCACAUUGGAUGGUCGACUGGUGACUCUUGUGGUGAAGAUGCUGAUCAGUGAGAGACAGUUCACGAACGCUUUGAAGAUUGUUUCGUUUGCUCAUGAGAAUGAAUCUAUGAAUUAUCGUGCUAAUAGAGAAUCAUUAAACAAAUUUCUCGAUGAAUUUGCCAAGCUGAAAAGAGUGGAUUUAUGCAUUGGUGCUAUGAAUACCUUCGAACGCAGCUUCGGUGUCACUGCUGAUUAUGAUACAUACACCCUCCUCUUCGAAGCUAUGGCGAGGUCUGGAUACUGGAAGGAUAAGUACGCAUUGUGCAAGGUUCUCUAUCAUCGUAUGCUGAAUGAUCUGGGCGUUGUUGCUGGUGACUAUUGGCUGAAAAAGCUAAGGUCCAGACUCAAAUUUAUACAUGAUUACGACGUCAACCUUUCAUACCCUUUGACUGAAAAAGAGAGAAACUUGGAAAAGAUCAUCACCGAGUUUGCCUUUACUGAAUGGAAAGUUCCUAGGUGGAUGGACAACAAUCGUACCGUGAAAGAUAGAAUAGCAAGUAAGAGAAUGGGAUACUAUGCUUCCAGAGAUUCAGUUGGAAAAAACCAAAGUCUGGAGAUGAAGAACAGAAGAGAACUUUCUCGCAACUACAAAAGUAAAAUUGAUGCAAUUUCCAUUACGAAGGCCAUGCAAAAGAGAAUCCCAUACGCCAAAGAUCCUUUCAAAGAAUUGAAGGAAGAGCUGAGUGAAAGAGGUAUAAUUUCGUCUUAGGUCUGGACAUCCCCCCAUGUACAUAAAAAUAGCUCCACUAAUGAAGGUUAUGAUCAUUCCUCACGUAGUGUACUGUGUUUAUGAAACCACAGUAACUUGUGAGAGAAAACGGUUACAUUAUGUAUUUUUGUCACAUGUGUCUCAAUGGCUGGCUCUUAUGCUUAACCCUGGCAAGUUUCACAUCGUAUAACCAAACAUUUUCUACUUUCUGCAAUACGGACUAACGUCUUCGCCGAUCAUG